AUGGCGAUGUACCCCGCAGUGAACCCCGAAAAAGUGAACUUUUGGUUGAUGCUUGCGCUGCACCCCGCGUUGGACCUGAAUGGGGUGAACCCCUGGGGCACCCAGUCGAAAUAAAGAUUUUUUUUUGAGCUACUGUAACAGCUUAGGACGAAUCUGUAGACAAUGAUGAUAUUGGUAAACGGGCCAUUUCGAAAUCGUGUACGGAAAUAUUACCUUAACAGGCAUUUAGAGCUAAACGGGGUGCACCCCUGGUUACACCGCGGGGUGAAACGAGAGUUCGACGCGACGUGCACCGCAACUUUUGUUAGAGCCAUUAACACCAUUUUCUACAGUUUCCUCAUAGGCUGUUACGGUAGCUCAAAGUAACUUUUAAUUUCCGACCGGUAACCCCAGGGGUGCGCGCCAUCCAGGUCCAACGCGGGGUGCACCGAAAACAUCACGGUUCACUUUUUCGGGGUUCACAUUCAUUUUUGUUAAAGAUUUCCUAGCUUGUCAAAUUCACUCUAACUUAUAAAACAAGAGAGACAUUUUACAGUACGCCACCGUUAUCAAAAUAUUCUUGGUAAUUUUCACCUUAUCUGGCUACAUCCUGAUACUGUGGAGCGUGAACCGGCAAAAGUCGGCGAUGACGGCUUCGGCGACAAAGAAAGAAAGUCACAAGAACAUUGUCCUACAAGCGCUGCCAAUAUCCAUCUAUUCUUUUGUGAGUUUCAAGAUCAAUUUCAAAUCGAAGCUUAAUUUACAGAUUUUGAUGCUUUAUGACAUAAUCUUACUGUUGACUACCGUCGACUUUUCCGGAGGACUCAUGAGAUUUUCUUACAUUAUCCUGUCCGUUUUGUCAGGUUGAAAAAAUUGACUUGAAGACCUGAAUUUCCAUAAAAAGAAGUUUCAGGUUAUGUCGUGCCUUUUUCAUUCAUUAUUGGGAACCCGAGGAAACGGAAAAUCUUCACUUCAUUUAGCUUCAGGGAUUGCUUCAAAUCGAAUAAAGUUUGGGCGAAAAGAUCCACCGAAACUCCUGAUUUCACUAAAAGUUGAAUAAAGUAUGAUUUUCUCACCAGGGAAUGGUCUAGGACCGCAGUGGACUUCUGAAUGAGACCAAUUUUACUAGAUAUUGUUUUUCACGCUGAUUCCAAAUCUGCUUUCAAAAGUUGCCCAAUACGUCUGUGAAAGAAGUUAUGGACGAUCAAAAGUCGAAAAUUUCAGUGUGGUUAGAGUGUGAGAUAUGAAAAAAAUUUCAGGUCCACUUUUCAGGAAUACAGAAGUUCGAACUCAUUUUUUAAAAGCUCCUUUUUCCUACUUUUGCUCUCUGAUUUCUUGGAAAGGCACUGAAAAACUAUUUCCAUUUUCUACAAGCCCUAAUCUCACGCGCAAGACUCUCCUUAACACAUAAGCCUAUUAUUACGCAAAAAUCAAGAUUCAAAGAUUCGAGAAGCUUUUUUUUGACAAAUUUCGACUUUCUCGUACUCCAGAUACAAUGCUAACAUGUAAUUGCUGAACUCACUUAAUGAUAUGUUAGAAAGUUUCCGAACAAAACUUCAAGCCAACAGAAAUACUCCAAUAGAAUAUGGUUGCAGCUGAAACUGUCCUUUACAUCGUUUUCAUUCUCAUGGUUUUAAGUCCAGUUAUACUACUUCCCGCGGUUCAUGCGGUCUUCAUAUUCAUUUUGAUCAAGUGCUAUGAUGAAGAUAAAAAGGUGGGACUGACAAGAAAGGCAAUUUUACUCCGUGAUUUGAAAUAUCCGAAAAAAAAAUCCGACAGAAGAAGAUACUGAAGAAAUCAAUCUGUUUUUCCAUGUAAUUUAUGUAAACUUUCAAAAUAUUGAUUCCCAUCUCUCCAAAUCGCCUGGAAACUUUUUUUCCCGAGUAAGUUUAUGUCUCAAUCUGCACAACUUCCUGUUUUUUUCGAGAAAACAACAACUUAAAGUCAAGAAAAACCAUUAAGAUCGAUUAAAAUAAGUUUUUUGAGGUGGGGGGGGGCUCCCACACCAAUAUCAAUUGAAGCCUAUUUUUCCAAAAAUUUUAGAAAUCGUGCAGAUUAGGGCUAUCAAAAUCUUCUCUCGGAAAAGCUUCAAGAGACUUUCUGGCCGAUUGAAAAAACCCUAACCACAACGUAAAAUAACUUUCCUCGUGAGGCUCAAGUUAAAUAAUAUUUGGGAAGUUUCACAAUUUCCUAAUAGUCAAGCAAAACUAUAAACAAGAUUUCAUUCAUCUGAGUUUUUCUCUCUUCUUUCCAUGAAAUGAUCGUAAAUGAUCAAAAAUGAAAAAUUAGAACUUUUUCAGCUCGACUAUUAUAUCGCUGUACCUUGUAUGGAACUGGUCACAUUUAUCGGUGUGACAGGCCCGUUUUUCGGAUUUCUGAGUAAUAGACUACAAGAAGACAUUCAAGGCAAAAUCGGAAUAUAUUUCGGCAUUUAUUUCCUAUUCACCAUGUCCUGCCCGAAUAUUCUUGUGUAUUUGGACGCUGUUUUAUGUCUUCACCGUCUUUUCAGCUUUUUCGGGAUAGCUUCAUGGUUUUGUGAACAUUUCAAGUGGUGAGUUAAAAUUGUUUUUCAGAUUUUAAGGCUGCCGUUGGAGGUAUUUAAAAAGUGCUAGCAUCUCUCUCACAAGAUUCUGAGAUUUUAAGUGAAGCUAAAGUAUCGAAUUUCAGGAUAAUGGUUAUUACAAUCAUAUUAUCUAUCCCACAAUCUAUUAUCACUGUUUAUUAUUAUCUGCAAGCAUCGGAACCGCAAACUAUUCCACCAGGCUCAAUUUUAGCGCAUCUAGAAUCACUAUUUCUGGUGAGACAUUUUGCUUUUCAGGACAGAAAUUAUAGACUACUGUCAUGAUUUUUUAAAGUUCAAAAAGUUACCAAACUCUAUAGUCCGUCCGGCACGACUUGACAGUUUUCAAGUGUCUGCGUCUCUCUGUUCCCUUACCGGCGAGGUCAGAGAAACAUGGAAACAGCACGUAACAUGAGAGGGACGUCGAGAGAUAAGGAGGGCGCAGAGAAGCCCCUUCCAAGUCACGAAAAAGGACUAUACAGUUACGCACAGAGUCUCAAUUUCGAUGGUAUUGUCACAAAAAAGGAAGUUUCCCUUUUCAGUUCGCCAGCAUCAUCAAGAUCAUCUUAGUGAUUUUCACCCUAUCCGGCUAUAUUUUGAUACUCUGGCGCGUAAACCGGGAAAAGUCGGCGAUGACCACCUCGAUUGCAAAAAGAGAAAGCCACAAGACCAUAAUCCUACAAGCUUUACCGAUUUCCAUUUAUUCUUUUGUGAGUUCCAAGUUCGAUACCGGGAUGGUGUUUUUUAAAUUCCAGGUACUGAUUAUCUACGAUAUAAUAUUACUCUUUGCUCUUCUUGACUUCAUGGAUGAUCUGGUGAGAUUUUUUCACGUCAUGAUCGCUGUUCUAUCAGGUUGGAGUCAAUUAAAUUUUUAAUUAAAAGGCUUUUUCAGGUAAUGUUGUCCCAUUCUCAUUCAUUAUUGGAAACCCGAAAAAGAGGAAAAUCUUCACUUCAUUUAACUUCAAGGAGUGCUUCAAGUCGAUCAAAAUUCGAUAUAAGAGAAAUUCUCAAACUCCAGUGAAUGUAAUUCAAUGAAAGUUUCGAAGAAUGGUGUUUUUGUUAUUUCACAUCAUUAAAAAUAAAGCUACGGCAAAAAAAAAUGCUAUGAGCGAAUAAAGAUAUUUCAUGGAAAAGCUCUUCAAAGUAAUUUAAUUGCAUAUCGCUCUUGAUGAUAUGUUAGCCUCUCCCAGACUUUCGGAACAAAUUUUCUAAGAGAACAGGAACCUUUCGUAACCAAAAUGGAGGUGAAUUUUCUUGGCUACCUCACGCUUUACAUUAUCCUAAUCCAUGUGAUUUUUCUCCCAACGGUUCAUGCGACCUUCAUAUUCAUUCUGAUAAAAUGCUACGAUGAAGAUAAAAAGGUUGGAUGGGAAAUUUAAGUUGAACUCCUGUAGACUUCAAACUAAGCCUCUAAAUAAUUAAAAUAGUAGUUUACAGCUCGAUUACUACAUCGCCGUCCCAUGGAUGGAAAUCUUCACAUUUAUCGCUAUUACCUCCCCGCUUGCCAUAGUACUGCAAUCUUAUUUUUCCGAAGGUCAGGGGGCUUACAUUUUCAUAGGCGCCUAUUGCACGUUCACAUUUUGUUGUCCUCAUAUUUUACUAUUCAUCGACGCUAUUUUAUGUCUACACCGUCUUUUCAGCUUCUUCCAAGUAGCUCCAUGGUUUUGCAGAAACUUUAAGUGGUAUGUUCAUUAGGCGGUCCUGUAAAAAUCCUGCUGAUGAUCUCAGAAUGACUAUCUAAAAAUGUGUUAAAGUUGCGUACAAAACAGCUUUUAGGGUCAUGAUUUUACUUUGCGGUUUAGAAUUUUCCACAAGUUUGCUCAAAGACUGAAGGUCUAGAUGAAGAUUCAUCAUAGUCGCUAUAGUCAAUGUUUCCCGACUUGAAAGGCGAGGGAGGCGGGGCAGGGGGCGGGACGCGUAGCGUGUGCGUUCGCGGUUCUUGGCACGAGUUCAAUUUAACCGCCAGCGAGCAUUUAGAGAGCUUAUUUAUCGCUCUUUUUCACUUUUUUUAAAAUUAUUUAUUGAUUAUGUUCAGGCAUGCAUCAAAGAAUAGUAGAAAAAACAAAAAAAAAGCGGUUGCCCAGCUUUUUGAAUAGUCGGCGGCGAUUGAAUUGAACUGGCGUCAAGAACCGCGAACGCACACGCUACGCGUCCCGCCCCUUGCCCCGCCUCCCUCGCCUUUCAAGUCGGGAAACAUUGACUAUAGAAGGUGGAUCAGGUACUGACUAUGAGGGAUCUUCUUCUGAACCUUCGGAGAGUCUUUGGGAAAAUUUUUAGAGACUUCUGAACCGUAAACUAAAAUGACUUCCCUUGUCCGCCCGUACAAAUCCUCCAUUAAGUCAUGUAACUUCAAAAUGAAACUAUAAAAAACCUUUUUCAGGCCAUUGGCUAUCGCGAUUAUAGUAUCCAUCCCACUAUCUUUCAUACUCGUUGCUUAUGUCUUAAAUACAUCAAAAGCAAAAGAAGACAACUCAGAUGGAUAUAAAUCGUACCUAGGAGCGGCAUAUGUGGUACAGUCUGUUCAGAUUUUGAAUGUCAAGCUGCAAACUCCGCCCCCAACAACGCUCUGUAUAUACUCACUCUAUAUAUGCUCGUUCUCUGAUUGGUUUAAUCUACGAGUAAGGGGCGGAGUUUGACCGAUGACUUGACACUCAAAAUCUGAACAGUCUAAUUUAAGAAAACUCAAAUUCUAACAACUCUAACGAAAAAAUCUCCUUUCAGCUCGCGGUGAUUAUCAAAAUCAUACUAACGAUUUUCACACUGUUCGGCUAUACUCUGAUACUUUGGAGCGUAAACCGGCAAAAGUCGGCGAUGACAACGUCAGCAUCGAAAAACGGAAAACAUGAGACAAUCGUCCUGCAGGCUUUGCCCAUCGCCGUGUACUCUUUGGUAAUUUCAAGUUCAAAAUUCGGAAUAAUGCAGUACCUUGUAGCUUUUCCUACUUUUCGACCUUUUCAUCAAAAUCUUCACUGUGAACAAUGUGAUAGGAGAGCUGAUGUCUGCAUUUUAUAUGUUCUUCCUCUUUCUUUCAGGUUGGAAACUGAAGCUCCACUAAUUAAAAAAAUUGAGGUUACGUCGUACCUUUCUCAUUUAUUAUUGGGAACCCGAAAAAACGAAAAAUCUUCACUUCGUUCACUUUCCGGGGUUGCUUCAAAUCCAAUAAGAUUUGGGAUAAAAUAACUUCGAAGGCUUCCACACAAACUGUUGAAUAAACUUUUUUAACCUCUGAUAUCAGUGAGAAUGGGAAUUGAAAGAAAAGUAUUUUUCUGCAAACGCAAUUACAAGAUUGUAACAUGUAUUUUGAACUAUCCUUUGAUUACACGUUGAAAAUGCUCUCAAACGCUCAAAACUUCCAUCGAAAAGGAAGCAUUCCGAACGGAUGGCUCUACUAGACUCCCUCUUGGUCAAUUUCAUAGUGUUUCAAGUUUUUUUCCUCCCUGCAGUUCAUGUCAUCUUCAUAUUCAUUCUGAUGAAAUGCUUCAAGGAGGACAAAAAAGUAGGUUUUAACAAGUCGCUUUUUCUUCAAGCUUAGGACUUUCAAAGACCUUUUUCAGCUCGACUAUUACAUUGCGGUACCUUGUAUGGAAAUCGCGACAUUACUCGGUGUCUCCGGCCCAUUCGUGGUAUUACUGAGCGAUACGGUCAAACGAAAUACGGAGCCUGAUCCUCUCGCCAUCACUUAUUUUCAAUUCACCCUGUGUUGCCCACAUAUUCUAGUUGUUAUAGACGCUGUUUUGUGUCUUCAUCGUCUUUGCAGCUUUUUCCAGAUCGCCCCAUGGUUUUGUAAACACUUCAAAUGGUAAAUUUCGUCUCCCCUUAAGUUUCUGGAAAAAUUUUUAGUGGGCUCUAUAGUAAUCAAAUGAGUGGCCACUCAAGAGUUUAAAAAUUAAUGGCCACUAUAGAGGUCCAAGUGCUACUACUAGACCACAAAAAAUUUUAGUGGCCACUUUAGGGGUCAAUGGAUCAACAUAACUGGUCCAAUCUGUUUUUUUUUAAAUAUCAGAGUUACUGAGAGAAAUACUGGAUGAAAAACUACUGAAGUGGCCACUAAAUAGAGAACCUUUAUAGUGGCCACUAUAGAGGUGGGUUUAGCGGCCACUUCAGUGUCCUCUCCAAGUAGUCCUUGGCGAGCCUCUAUAGUGAGCACUAGAAAUUUUCCUCGUUGAGCUAAAAUCAACCUGAGGCAACAUUAUUACUUUUAAAUUGAGGACUUCGUGUCGCGGCAUGGAAGUCUUCAAUUUAAGGUUAACCUAAAAAAAAAAUCACAGGAACCUAAAAAUGCUUCAAAUCAGCUUAAUUUUGAGUUACUUCCAUAAAUGGGCAAUUAUAGAGCUUAGUCAGGCCAGGAGGAGAGGUUGCCUUACAAAAUUUUUUGAAAAAGUUAUUUUCAACCUCCAGGAGGUGUUUCCGGCCACAAUGAUACAACUUUCAACCUCGUGAAGAUAGUAUUAUUUUUCAUUAAGGUAAACUUGGAUGAGGGGCGGGGGGGGCGGUCGGCGACUUUCAAAAAUGGUCUGCCCUAUCGGACAUUGGUAACGCGACAUGAACGCGAAUCGAACGUUCCGGAGCAUUUCUAGUGACCACUUUAGUAGCGUCAGCACUCUUAAGUGAUCCCUAGAAUUGCACAGAAACGCGUUACCAAUGUCCGAGAAUGUAUGUCCAUUCCCCAUGCAACUAUUAAAUUCAAAAAUGUCAUAUUUCAGGCCAUUGGCUGGUGUAAUUAUAAUAUCAGUUCCUUACUCUUAUAUUAUUGUAUACUAUGUACUUAAAUUAUGGGACCGGCUGAUACUAACUUAUUAUGUCACAGCAGAAACUCAAUACACGGUGAGGAAAAGUUCAAACCUUCUAUUAAAAAAAUGAAUCCGAUUCUACUUUCUCUAUAGUUCAAUGAAAAAAGCUCUUCGAGAACCAAGAAAAUCCGAAAAACUCUGACGUUCAGUUCGCUAUCACCAUCAAAAUAUUCUUGCUAAUUUUUACCUUGUCCGGCUACAUUCUGAUUCUCCUGAGCGUGAACCGGGAAAAGUCGGCGAUGACAACCUCGGCCUCGAAAAAAGAGAGUCACAAGACGAUCGUCCUUCAGGCCUUGCCCAUCGCCAUAUUUUCUUUCGUGAGUUUUCCAUCUGAAAAAUCGAAAUAAAUAUAAAAUAUUCAGAUCUUCUUUUUCUAUGAACGUCUGGUCAGUCUCUCUACUUUCAAUGAAAUCUCCAAAGUGAUAAUAUUUAUCUCUCACAGCGCCGCCUUUUUUCUGUCCGGUUUGGAAACACGCAAUUUUUUUUCAGAACGAAUAUUUCAGGUUAUGUCGUACCCUUCUCAUUCAUUAUUGGGAACCCGAAGAAGCGGAGAAUUUUCACUUCGUUCAGUUUCCGGGAUUGCUUCCGAUCUAACAAAAUACGUAACUCAGCAACUGUACAGGCUUCAUGA